AAGGUACUGUAAGCAUUCGUCAGCCUGGCGAACGCAGGCACUGGUUCCCAUUUACCGAAAGGAACGCUUUUGGGACUGCCGAGCUGCCGAGCGGUGCCUGAAAAGCAAUCACCUCAUUGACAGAAACACAUCAAAAGUUGCAUUCCAUCGGCAUUGCGAAGCGACCCUGCAGUUUCGCAUUGACGACGACCAACGCAUUCUCACCAUCAUUCUCACAUCAUUGCCAGCCUUCGCAAACAAAAGACACUCCGCGAAAGAUAUACAGAAGGCGUCUCAUUCAUCUAGCUAGCCGUUGAGAUUACAGAGUCUCUUUGGUUGACAUAUUUGCUACAGUAUUUCAUUGGUCAUUGCCCAGCCAUGUUUGGUUCCAAGUUUGCCUCGACAUUGACCAGAGCUGUGGCGGCACGGUCCUCCACAGAGAUGACGGCUGCGGCGGCGGCUGUGGCCAUCGCAGCGACCGUGGCCGUCACCGGAAGCACCGAGACAGAGACACCGCAACAGCAACAACAGCAGCCAGACGUGUCGUCCACCAAACAACCGCUGUUACUGCGGCCUCGGUUAUUACCACUACCUGUUCUUACCACAACAUCCUGCGAAGCCCUGAUGCCACAGCAACAUGCGACAGGACACCGUUUCAGUCGCUUGGCUCGUCGUCGGACCCUUCAACGGAUGAAGAAAACCCAGACGCGCGAGACUUUGGAGAGCAAGUACAUGGUGGAUCCCAAUCCGUUGGGCGACGGGGCCUUUGGGGAAGUCUUGUUGGCUCGUCAUCGCAAGACGGGAGAAGGUGUGGCCGUCAAAAAAAUUCCCAAACAAUUCACUUCUGACAUGAACUUUCAAUGCGAAAUGGAUGCCCUCAUGCACAUUCGGGCCCAAGGAGGUCAUCCCAAUAUUUGUGCUCUCAGAGAAAACUUUGAGGAAGGGGAAUAUUACUAUCUCGUGUUAGAUUUAGUAGGAGGUGGAGAGAUGUUUGAUCAUCUCUGUGCUAAUGGAGCUUACUCUGAAGCAGAUGCCGCCAGAUUGGUUCGAGAAGUGGCAUCGGCCUUGGCAUUUUGUCAUGGCAUUGGCUUGGUCCAUGGCGACUUGAAACCCGAGAAUCUCAUGCUCAGUUCGGAGAAUCCACUCCACGCUGUCAUUAAGAUUGUCGACUUUGGGUGCGCUCAAGUCACCAAAGGCGACCAGGAGCGUAUGGAAGGGCAGGAUGCACCAACGGCAGCCGAACAGUCCAUUGUUCACGGCGACAACACCAUUGCCAACACUCCGGCGUACUGUCCACCAGAAAUACUCGAUGUGGAGUUGAGAAAGAAGCGCGGCCUUGCGCUCUACAAUAAGAUUGAUCCCUCCUUUGACAUGUGGGCGCUGGGUGUCAUUCUCUACAUUAUGCUGACCGGUGUACACCCAUUCGAUUUGGAUGGAACUGCCACGGACGACGAAGUCGAACAAAAAAUCGUUAGUCGACAAGCACCGCCACUCCGCAAUUCGCCACUCACGGCACACCUCUCCGAUUCGGCCAUUUCCUUGAUUGAACAGCUCAUGCAAUGGGAACCCGAGGCUCGUCUCACCGCACAUCAAAUGUUGGAACAUCCAUGGGUAAUGGGAGAAACGGCGUUGACGGGCAAGAUGGCAAAUUCCGACAAGAAGUUGAGCUCCUACCGCGCAUACAAGAGCCGACUGGAAGCCAAAGUCUUUUCGGAUAUGGUCCAGUGGUCAAAUGACAUGUCGCAAACGUCACAAGCGGCGAACACUUCGCUGCUGGAACGCGCCUUUCACAAUUUGGAUGAAUCCAAGCGUGGGUACAUUACCAAGAAGGAUUUGAGACGACUGAGUGGUCGCAAGGACAAUCAUGAGCCGCCCACCAAAGCUCGAGCGCAAGCGACAUCGGCGGCGACACUUCCGGUCGAGGAAGAAGCUCUGGACUUGUCUGGUUUCUCCGAAUUGUUGGCGGACAACCUGAAGAACCGGUACUUUCCCAAGGGACAUGUGGUGUAUCGCGAGGGCGACCGUGGGGAUCAAAUGUUCUUUAUCAACUCGGGAACCAUCCAAGUGUCCAGCAGUGACGGCCAUGCCAGUACGCGUACACAGGGAGAUACCUUUGGCGAAGGUGCCCUGCUGCACGACAGCGGGUGCAACACUUCCACCAUCAAGUGUGUCACUCCCGUGCAUGCGAUUGAGAUUAGCCGGAACUACUUUGAAAAAUUUCUCGAGGGGACCAAUGGCGAUGAGACCAACGUUGCCAAAAUACAUCUUUUCGAAAAAGAUGCCACACGCAAACGCGAACGUGCCUCUCGGCUGCUUCGAAAUCAGUCCAAGCACGAGAUGAAGGAAGUCAAGGCCGGAGAACGCUUGUACGAUGUAGGUGAUAUUGGACAAAGCUUGUUCAUUCUGGAAGAGGGAAAGGCUGAUGUUGUCGUCGGCAAUGGAAAGUUGGUCUUUACGCUGGAUCCCGGUGAAAUGUGUGGCGACUACGCGAUUGCAUUCGGCCGGCCCCGCAAUACCUCCACGAUCUGUACGAGCGCGGGAGGCUGCAAAUUCCGCGUCAUGAACAAGGCAGAAUACCAACAAGUGGUAUCGGAGGGCCCAUGGUGGGUGAAGAAGUCAUUGCGGGAUAUCAGUUUGCGACGGGAAUUCCAAAAGGCGUUGGUGAUGAAGACGGGACAAGCCUUUCCGACGACGGACGAGGCACAGAUGAAGCGGCUGUUUGAAAUUGCCGAUGUGAACAAGUCGGGCAAGUUGGAAUUGGACAACGUUCGGGAGAUGUUGCAUGCCUUUGACAAGUCGUUCAGCGAUGCAGACGUCAAGGAGAUUCUUGAUGCUUUGGACUUGGAUGACAGUGGCGCGGUUUCCUUUGACGAGUUCAAGCGCAUGUUCACAGCUCGUCCCAAGACAGUUUGCACUUCUGCUUAGAUUAGAAAGAAGACAUUUUUGUACAAAACAGGUGAUGCAAUGGAGAGGCGGGCAAAAGCAAGCCACACAAAGAAUUCGGCUUCUUGCCCCCCAAGCCCGUUGACAUCCACAAUUCAAAUUCGUAAUGGCAGCUUGAGUUAUUCUCGCUCUAUGACACGUUUUGCAAGAUUUUGAGAUAGAAAGAAAAAAUUACGUUCAUAGCCUACUUUUGC